CACGCGUUUCUCAUCCUGUUCAGCUCUGAUCAAAGAUGUCUUCCUUACGCAGCGAUAUUUGCGAAUGGCUUGGAGCUACAGACUCAGAGGAGGACUCAGAAGCCCUUAUAAACGAAUGUGUAUCCAUAUGCCAGAUGUACAAUCUAACAGCAAAGGACCUCCAAUAUAAAUGGGAAGCUUUCUCGUACGGUCAAGCGCAGACUAUCCUCCGCUUUACACGCGAAUCUGCAGCAGACAUAAAGGCCCAGAUCCAGCGGGAGAUACAAGCCAAGAAUGCUAGCAGCGUGUCCAAGUCAACAGCGACCGGCUUUACGCGCGGAAAGCUAGCGAAUUCUGCGAAAUUUGUGGGGGUGAACGCCAAGGGACUUACUGGACCGCUUAAGGCUGCGGCUCAACCGCCGAAAGCGCUUCUUGGAGGCACGGCGAGCGUCCCUGUGAAGCUUGAGCAGGACUUUGAUGGCCCGAUCGCUAGUUCAAGUAGGGUCACUUUUGUGGGUCAGAAAGAGGCUAGACAAAAUCGCGCUUAUCGGUACAUGUACGAAACAUUGGGCGAACGAAGCGAAACUCUGGACACACAACUCGAUGGGUUUGGCGAACUCAUCUUGAAACAUUAUCGGGAUGUCGGUCAGUUGGGUCAUCCCGGUGUUUUCUCCGAGGAAUCUUGUGUUGUCGUGGGCCGGAUCGUGCUAGACGCUGAGGCUUCUGGGCCAGGCGUCAAGUUGAAUGAUCAGUCGCUAAUUCUCGAGGCAUCGCGAGCGCACGGCGAUGGACACCGUGUGCCUCUGCAACUCGCGCCAGAUCUCAAGAUUCGGGGAGGGUAUAGAGGCUUGGGUGGUGUGGGCCUAUUUCCUGGUGCGGUUGUGGCACUCAAAGGGCGCAACGGUGGUGGAGGCUAUUUCAUUGCGUCUGAGAUUCUGGCUAUACCCCCAAUGCCAGCGUCUCCUGCCCCACCGAGUAACGUGGCAGCAAGUUUCGACAUGUGCAUAGCAUGCGGGCCAUUCACUCCAGAUGCUAACCUCGACUACAAACCAUGGAAAACUCUCAUCAGCAACCUCAAUGCAUCAAAACCUGCCGUCGUCCUGCUUCUCGGGCCAUUCGUAGACGCUACACAUACCCACAUACAGGACGGUAUGGUUGGCGAGACGCCAUCAGACAUUUUCAAACGCCAAUUUAUCGCUCCCAUCCGCGAUUUCCUUUCUCAAUCACCAACAAGCACAGUCCUUCUCGUACCAAGUGUGAAGGACAUCAUCAGCGAUCACGCAGUCUUUCCUCAAUGCGAGCUUGAUGACGAGUUUCGUGGCGAUCCACGGAUACGACUCCUUCCUAAUCCUGCACGCUUCUCACUAAACGGGAUUUCUUUCGCUGUGUGCAGCGUGGAUGUGUUGUAUCACCUGCGGAAGGAGGAGUACUUUAGACGUGGAGAAGAAGUAGAUUCUAUCGUAUGCGAACCAGAGGCUGCUAGCGACCCCAUGUCAAAUCUCAGCAGAUAUGUUUUGCAGCAGAGAAGCUUUUAUCCGAUAUUCCCUGUUUCCUUGGACGUUGCACACGAAGUCAAUCUUGACGUAUCGCAUUCCGCAGAGUUGAGAGUCGCCGAAAGUCCUGACGAUCCAGGCCCUGACGUGAUGGUACUACCCAGUCGGUUGAAACACUUUUCAAAGGUCGUGGACAAUUCAGUCGUUGUCAAUCCGUCAUAUUUGACAAAGAGCACGUAUGCCACCCUCUCUUAUUCUGGACAGGGGACGGGAUUUCCUAAAGAUCGGAUAUCGGCUGAUAUUGCAAGGCUGUCUUAGAAUACUUACUGAGCUCAAAGAGUUGGAGACAAUAGUUUUCAAGAAGGUUUCGUUCCCCCUCAGUGGCGGAGCAGCAAGCCAAGGCAUUUUGGAGUGGGAAAGCUCGUCCGAAUGGUCCUACUGAACACCUUGUAAACAUUUGAAUCCCAAGUUAUGGUGUCAGAGCGGAACAGUCUAAAGUAUAACUUUACA